AUGAAUGAACCAGAAACAGUAAAUUCAGAUCAGGAAUGUUCUUUAUUGAAACGUUCUCAUGAUCUUGAACAAGAUUUUUCUCCAAAACGUAUGAAAUAUGAUACAGUUCCAUGGGAUGAACUGUACGAAAAUACUAUAUUAGAUAAUGAAGUCGAAUUAAUAUAUCCUACUAGUGAUACAGAAGAAGAAAUUGAUGGUACGAGUGAUGUUAAAGAAGAGAUUGAUGGUACGAGUGAUGUCAAAGAAGAAAUUGAUGAUACGAGUGAUGUUGAAGAUAUUGAAAUUGAUUCAAAUCUAUCAACUGAUCAAUCUCGAUAUACUCCUGUUAUAUUAAAUCAAACAAAUUUACAACAACAAAAACAAUCUUUGAGUAGAUAUUCAAAAAAUUUAGUAAAACAAUUUAAAGAUAUAUAUGAACAUAGUAAAAGAAAAUUUAUUCAACCAACACAAUGUAUAGAUGAUACUAUAAAUCAAAUAAAAACUUUACGUUGGGAAUUAAGAAAUACAUUUGAUCGAAAUGCUCUAUUUAAAGAAGGUUAUGCCGUUUUAUCGGAUGAAUCAUUUCCAUUUUAUUCACUGUGUUAUACGUGUGGUUCAAUGGGUAGUGAUAUAAUCUACUGUAAUAGUUGUUGUCAAGCUUAUCAUACAGCUUGUUUAAAUGAAUCUGAACGUCCUCUUUUAUGUCCAACACCUGAAUCAUGGUUAUGUCCAAAUUGUAUUGUAUGUUGUAUAUGUAGUUUAUUAAAAAAUUCUCAAAUAAUAACUUGUUUUGAAUGUAAACGAAAUUUCCAUGUAAAAUGUAUAAAACAAACAAAAGACGAACAACAAAAUUCUAAUUUUCAUAAUCAACAAUGGUUUUGUCCAUUAUGUAUUAAAUGUGAUUGUGGACAAGCAUUAAUAUCAAAUGAACGAAAUCUUUUAUCAACUGCAAAAACUGUUACAUCUCAACAAUCACGAAUGUGUUCCGAUUGUUUAAAUAAUAUGAAAAUAUUUCGAGCAAAUAAAAAUGAUAAUAUUGAAAAAUGUCAUCUAUGUGAAAAAUUUAUUGAACAAUAUAUAACGAAACCUAAACCAUUAUUUUCUAUGACAUUAAUUGGUAAACAAACAUCACAAAAAAUAAAUAAUCUAUUGCAAUGUAUUAAAUGUAAACAUCAUUUUCAUCCAAUAUGUGAUGGUUAUUUAAAUGAAGAUGUAACAUUAAUAACAUAUAUUAAAGAUAUAUGUUCAAAUAUUAUCUGCUCAAAAUGUGAUAUUAAUCAAAAAGAAAAUAUUAAAAAUUCUUUGACGAAUUAUAAACUUCAAGUGGUGAAAAAUACUAUAGCUAGUAUUAUAUCAACAUUACAAAUAAUUAUAUCAGAAGAAAAUCAUUUAAAUAAUAUGAAAGUUUAUAUGUCAAAUCUUCAACAAUUACAUCAAUCUCGUAAUCAAUCGUUGAAUUUACAUGCUUUUAUUAAUGAUUUACUUAUAAUUAUUCAACGUUUACUUGAUAAUAUUGAUAGUCGUCGAUGGCAAGCAGCAAUUGAUAAUUGUUUAAUUCAUCAUUGUCCGUGGUUUAAAUCUUCAAAUUUAUCUUCCAGUAAUAGAAUAUUAUAUUGUUCAUCAACAAAUGCAUCGAUAUCACAUACAAAUGUUGCAUUAAAUCGUUGUGUUAAAUCACCAUCUAUUGAUCAUACAUAUUCAUUAAAUAAUGAUCGUCUUUUAUUCGAAUCAAAUUUAUAUAAAAAUACUUUAUUAACAUCAAGUGAUUCAUUACUACGAUAUAUUAAUAAUAAAUUUAAUGAAAAAUAUACUUUUGAAAAUUUACAUCAAAUUGAUACAAGAUUAUGUCAAUUAUGUCAAACAUAUGCUGAUCAUUUUUCAUCAAAUAUUUCACGUUUAAUAUCAAUUGGUAUUAAUCAAUGGGUACAUAUUGGUUGUAUACUUCCAGCUUAUACAAAAACUCUUAAUCAACCUCCAUAUAUUCUACAUAAUGUACGUGAAAUAGUCAAACGAUGUCAAAAAAAAUAUAAGUGUGAUAUAUGUUCAAAAAUGGGUGCUAGUAUACAAUGUUAUGAAAAUGAUUGUCAUACAUAUUUCCAUUGCCAAUGUAUAGAAAUAUAUUAUUCAAAAUUCAAUCGAGAUAUACUAGAAAAAUUAAAUAUUAUUAAUGGAUUAUUACCAAAUUUAACAACGUUAUGCUCGAAACAUAAUAAAAUUAAAAUAAAAAAUGAGUUAAAUGACACCAAUCAAUAUGAAAUAAAUAAUGAUAGAAAUUAUUCGAAACUGAAAUCUAUUAAUUUAUCAUCAACGAUUUAUGCUGAUCUAUCCAAUUCUAUCGUUGAAUUUUCUUUAAGUAAUAUACAAUUAUGUAUAGGUUCACUUCAAAUAAAAUCAUUUGGUAAUUAUGAUUAUCUUCUUGAUAAUGAUACUAAUCUUAAUAUAUAUCCAAAUAAAUAUCAUGCAACCCGUUUAUUUUGGAGUACAAAAAAUGCUCGUCAAAAAACUCUAUAUCAUUUAUAUAUAGAUGUUGAACAAACAUAUCAUAAUGAAAAAUCUAAUCAUCAAACAAUUGAAUAUCCAUUAACAAAUAAACAAAUACAGGUUGAACAAUUAUAUGACAUAUGUGAAAAAUAUUUUAAUAAAUUUAAAAAAAGAGUUCGUCUAGAAAAAACAAUUAGUAUUAGAAGUGAAAAUUCAAAGAAUGAUAUGAAACAAAUAUCAUCGCAUAGUAAAUGUCAAACAUCAAAAUCUGCAUUAAAAAAUAGAAGUCGACCAAGAGAUAGAUUUAAAAAUGAAAGUAUUAGUGAUGUAAAUAAACCAUUAGAAGAAAAACCUGAAACAAUUGCAGUUGAUACAAAAAGUUUACGUAGUAUAUUUACUAAUGAUGCAUUGAAAUCACCAAAUCUUUCUCGAUUUGCUCGAGCACUUGUACAAGCUCUUCAACAUACGGAUCAAUCAUUGUCAUCAAUAAAAAAAUCAGAACAACAACCGAUUUUCAGUUAUUAUUUAUCGAAUCAAACAGGUGUUUCAUCAAAUAAAUCAAUAGUAGAAAAGAAUAAUGAUGGUUUGUUAGAUCAAUUAUUAAAAAGUAUAAAUCAAUCACAACCAUUAAAUGCUUCUCAACUGUCUUCUGAUAUACGAUUACCAUCAGCUUCUGCUAUUCAGACCAAUACAACAGAAACACAUAUACCACAAAUAGAUGGAAGUAUCGAUGAUGAAGAUGAUACUUUUCUUAUUUCAUCUUCUAUAUUAAGUUCUUUAAUCGAACAAAUAAUAAAAAAUGAAGAAGAUUUACAUACUAAUUAUAUAUCUUCAACUGCAAAGCUAUCGUUUAAUUUUUCUAAAGAACUUAUUCAAAAAUAUCAACAUUGGUUAACAUCGAAAUUUGGUCGCGUUAAAUUUACAAUUAUUAGUGAUGAUGGUUAUAAAAUUGUAUCUGAGAAUUUAGAUGAUGCUUGGUCAAAUGUCGUUAAUCUCGUACGAGAAUGUCGUGAUGAUAUGAAAUUAACACAUUUACCAAUGACAAAUGAAGAAUUAAAUGGUCAUCGAAUAUUUGGUUUAACAAAAUCAAUUAUUAAAAUAAUGUUAAAUCAAAUUUAUCUAAAUUCAUUUUCUAUACAAGAAAAUACUAGUACAAUUAUUUUACCAUUAUCAUCGAAUCAUAAUAUUUCAACUAGUUCAAUAAAGAAAAAACUUAAUCAUAAAAAAAUUUUUCCACCAAAUUCGCGAUCGAAUAUUUAUCAACGAAAAAAUUCUAAACGUCAACGAUUUAAUUGGUUAUUGAAUCCAAAUCGAAAAAUUGAAUACGCAUUAAAAUCAUUUGAAAUUGACGAUGCACUUGAAUUCGCAAGACAAAUUAUUCUUGACGAACCUUCAGUUAGUUUACGUCUUUAUCAUUUACGUUAUUUUUCUGAACGUGUAUUACUUGUUGGAUCAUCAUCUAUACAUGGAUGUGGUUUAUUUACAUUGAUUGAUUUAGUUGAAGGACAAAUGAUAGUUGAGUAUACAGGUGAAGUAAUUCGUCCAUGUCUUACAGAUAACCGUGAACAUGAAAAUGAAAAAAAAGGUUUUGGUUGUUAUAUGUUUACUGUUGAUUCAAUGAAUGUUAUUGAUGCAACACAUGAAGGAAAUAAAGCUCGUUUUAUCAAUCAUAAUUGUCAACCAAAUUGUUUUGCUAAAACUAUUAUAUCCGGUGGUGUUAAACGUAUUGUUAUAUAUGCACUUAUAGAUAUUAAUCGUGGUUCAGAAUUGACUUAUGAUUAUUCAUUUCCCGAAGAAGAUAUCAAAAUACCAUGCCAUUGUGGUACAAAUAAAUGUCGAAUUUAUUUGAACUAA